AUGGGAGUGCCGGAGGAAUAUUGGAUAGAAUUCACGGUGUAUAAGAUGGAAAGCCAAGCAAGCAACUGGUGGAAGAAUAGCUAUAGGGAUGAGAAGGCAAUGGAGUUUAUGACCUUGCAACAGGGCGAUAUGUCGAUUAGGGAAUACGAGGCUAAGUUUAACGACUUGUCCCACUUUACGCCAUCUCUGGUGGAGUUUAAGCAUUUGAAAUUCCUGAAAUUUGAGAAAUGUCUUAAGAAUUCUAUUCCUCCGUCGCAACAAUAUAAGCCAGGGACCCAGAGGCCUAAUAUUGGUGAUAAAGGGAAGGGGAAAGCACAAGGACAAGCUUAUACCCUGACAAAGGGUAGUUCUGGAGGACAGGCCAGUAACACGGUGGUUGAGGGUGAACCCGAGAUAAUUAGAAAUAAUGUGAACAUUCCUGUGGUGGAUGAGUUUGCAAAUGUAUUUCCUGAUAAGUUACCCGGUUUACCGCCGGAUCAGGAAAUUGAAUUCAGAUAUCAUCAGCUCAAGAUUAAGGAGGAAGACAUUCUGAAAACUGCUUUUAGAACUCGGUAUGGACAUUUCGAGUUCUUGGUGAUGCCUUUUGGGAUGACGAAUGCCCCAGCUAUGUUCAUGGAUCUAAUGAAUCGGGUUUUUCGGCCUUACUUAGAUCAAUUUGUGAUUGUCUUCAUCGACGACAUUUUGGUCUAUUCGAAGACUUGGGGGGAACAUGAGCAGCACCUGAUAAUUGUUCUUCAGACUCUUUGUGAACACCAGUUGUAUGUAAAAAUGGAGAAGUGUGACUUCUGGCUGACGGAAGUGAAGUUGCUUGGGCAUGUGAUAUCAGGAUAA